AUGGUUGCAGGCAGGAAUGAUGAUGCUAUUGCUGAGGCGUUGGCGAGGUUGGCUGGUGCUAUUGGUCAGAUUCCUCAGGCGAAUGCGAUUGAGAAGAUCUUCAGAGUUAUGAACUGUACCGAUGCCCUGAAAGUGCAGUUUGGUACCCAUAUGCUAGAAAAGGAAGCUGAAGAUUGGUGGAACAACACUCUUCAGAGGUUUGAAGAAGAUGGCAUUGAGGAGCUUAUCAAGUAUUGUCCCCACUAUAAUACUGCUAAUGCUGAGAGGUCUAAAUGUUUGAAGUUUGAUAGUAGAGAGAGUGCUUCUCUCUACAAGAGUUUGAAAGGAAAGAAUCAGGAUCGUGGGAAACUGUAUGAUGACAAGAGGAAACAAGCUGGUUUUGGCAAGAAGCCAAGUUUGGGAGGAUCUUCUACUCCACUUAAGUGCUUCAAAUGUGGUGUUGAGGGUCAUAAAGCUGCUGAGUGCAAGAAAGAGGUUACUACUUGUUUCAAGUGUGGCAAGUAUGGUCACAUAGCUACUAAUUGUAGAGGUGGUUCGAAUGUGACUUGUUUCAACUGUGGAGAGAAAGGCCACGUUAGUACAAAAUGUGACAAACCAAAGAAGGAGCAAGCAAAAGGAAAAGUGUUCGCAUUGUCUGGUGCGGAAGCCACUACUGAUGAGAGGCUAAUUCAAGAGACUUCUAGUGGUGUGAAGCUUGGUAUGUUGAAGCUUACUAGUGGUAUUUUAGAUGAGAUUCGAGAGGGACAGAAAUCUGAUUUGGGCUUGGUUGAUCGAUUCACAUUGAUUAAUCAAGGAAGAGGUGGUGACUUUCGGAUUAAUGAGAAUGGUAUUAUGAGGUGUCGUGAUCGGGUUUGUGUUCCAGAUGUUGCGGACUUGGGAAAGAGGAUUCUUGAGGAAGGACAUAGAAGUGGCUACAACGGCCUUUAA